AUGGCCACCCCAAUCGCGCCAGUUGCUAUAGACCCCGAAGCCGUGACGACAAGCUCGCUCAAGGCACUUCAGAGCGAUGAUCAACGCAAGGUCAUGGACAUUGUCGAUAAGCUUCGUCGCACCGGUCUUAGUGGUAUCGUAGGACUCCCACAGCUUAUCGUUUGCGGAGACCAGUCUAGUGGCAAGAGCUCCGUUCUUAAGGCCAUCACUGAAAUCCCCUUCCCUCGCAAAGAGAAUCUUUGUACUCGGUUUGCAACGGAGAUCAUCUUACGCCGCGGCCCAACGUCUACUAUCAAAAUUUCAAUCACCCCAGACAAGAACCGCUCUAAGCAAGAACAAGCAAAACUGAACAUUUUCAGUAAGUCUAUUAAAGAUUUCUCGCAACUUCCGGAGAUUAUUAAGGAUGCCACGCAGGUUAUAGGUCUAGGAAGAGUCGGUGAAAUCAAUUCGAGGGCGUUCUUAAGGGACGUUCUUUCUGUCAACAUUUGCGGACCGGACCAACCACAACUGACCUUAGUCGACCUUCCUGGUCUAAUCCAUGCCACAAACAAAGCCCAGACCGAGGCUGACAAGGAGUUAAUCCUUGAUCUGGUCAAAGACUAUAUAAAGAAUCCUUGUACCAUAAUUCUUGCUGUAGUUUCUGCGAAGAAUGAUUUCGCCAACCAAAUUAUUCUAGAUUACUGCAAGAAGAUCGACGAGAAACGCGAGCGCACGCUGGGUAUCGUCACGAAGCCCGAUUACCUUCGCGAGGGUACUCAGAACAAGCUCGACUGGGUUGAGCUGGCCCAAAAUAAGAACAUCUAUUUCAAGUUGGGAUGGCAUAUGUUGAAGAAUCGUGCGGACAACAAGAUAAGCUUUUCUUUCGGGCAGCGGAACAAGGCCGAGGCACUCUUCUUCAGCAAGGGCCGCUACAACAACUUGCCUAGGGACGGCAACACUGUUAAUAAUAUCGAGAAGCUAGGUAAAAAGCGUAGUACCGUAAGUAAGCAGCGCAUAAUGCUCGUUAAGAUUAGCAUGCGUGUUUACAAUAUCCUAAAGUCUGCGGUUAAGGGAUACUAUAAGAACAACUUCUUUGGCCCUGUUAAUAUGGAAGCUGCGUUCGCUAACAACAUACGUCUGCGAGGUCACAAAUAUACAGUGGGAUUAGGUCCUAGAGACGAUAAUAUAGAUAAAGCCGAAGAGGAGAAAGCACAGAGCCAGCUAGCCAAUUUAGAAGAUAAGGACGUCAGCUCACUUCUCCCGAAGCCAAAGAUCCUCACCCGUAAGGAAGCCAUCGAGUGGGUCCAAAAAGAGACGAUUGCUUCUGAGCACAUCGACAAGAUUGCCAAGGUCUGCAAGGAUUUCGUCUACAUUGUUCUUCAGCACACUGCCCCAGCUAAGUUCCAGGGUCGACUUACUAGGAUGUGCGUGGAUAAAGCGCUCGCCACUGCUUUAUUAGCCUGCAAGGAAGAGCUUCGCAAAAUAAUUGCGGAUAAGGCCCCGACGGAGGCAUCCGAGACGGUUGUCUACCAAUCGAAUUCACACCACACCUACUGCGAUCCUGCUAAGAUGCAGAAAGCUAUAGCUAAUUCUAUUAAGCAGAACAUGGACAAGUUCUCCUCAGAGGAGGCUUUAGAUAAUCAGCGCGCAUACUAUAGGGACGAGUCGAAGUACUUCAUCAACGCUGUCGCUAAGCAAGUUAUUGAGCGCCACCUCGUUAAGCCGCUUCUUGACAUAAUCCUUUCUCCGUUGGUCGUCACCCAGUUCACUAACACGGAGGUCAAUUUCAUCGCUGCAGAGCCACCGGAGCUCACUCAGCAACGCACAUUCCUUAAGUCUCGCAAAGUCAUGCUCCAGAAGGGCUUGAAUACCUUCAGAGAGGCUAUGGGAGGACUGAAGCGUUAG